AGCAACGGAUUCACUCUUAAACGGUUGUCGCAAUGCUCGUUACUUUGGCUCUGCUUGCUCUGGUGGCCUUCCUGGGCUACGAGUUUCUUAUCUGGAACUUUGGCUACUGGCGCAAGCGCAAGGUGCCGGGGCCGAGGCCGGCCAUACUCACUGGCAACUAUCCCAACCUAUUCACGGCGCAGCAGCACGCUAUAUACGAUCUCAACAAGGUCUAUAGCAAAUACAAGCAACAAUACGAUGCAGUUGGCAUUUUCAUGUCACGCAUGCCCCAGCUGCUGGUGCUCAGCCCCGAGCUGGCGCAUCGCGUAUUCGUGUCGAACUUCAAACACUUCCACGACAACGAGCUGGCCACGAUGGUCGACGAGAAAAGCGAUUUCAUAUUGGCCAACAACAUGUUCUCGAUGACAGGAGAGGAGUGGAAGGAGCGGCGGGCCGACAUAACGCCCGGCCUAACCAUGAGUCGGAUCAAAGCCGUUUAUCCAGUGACGAAUCAAGUGUGCAAAAAGAUGAACGAAUUCAUUCGCAAGCAAAUACGCAUUGCGCCCAAGGAUGGAGUGAACGGCAAGGAUAUCAGCCUUUGCUUUACCACGGAAAUGGUCACAGAUUGCGUUCUGGGCCUGAGCGCUCAGAGCUUCAGCGAGCAUCCCACGCCGGUGAUGGCAAAAAUAAAGAAUCUGUUCGAACAGCCUUUGGUGUUCGUGAUAAGUUUUGCUGUUAUGUCCUUGAUACCCUCGCUGCGCCGCAUCAAGAAGUUGCGCUUCAUACCGCAGCAUGUGGAGCGCUUCUUUGUGGACUUCAUGGAGGCGGCUGUUGAAGCGCGCAACAGCCAAGUCGCAGCUGGAAAGCACGCGGAUCGGGUGGACUUCAUGGACUACAUUCUGCAGCUGGCCAAGAAGAAGAAUCUGAGCUCUCGCAAGCUCACAGCUUGCUCAAUGACCUUCCUGCUGGAUGGCUUUGAGACGACGGCCUCUGUCUUGUCCCACACGCUGCUGCUGCUGGGUCGCGAUGCCCAGGCUCAGCAGCGACUAAGAGAGGAGCUGACGGCACACCUGAACGACCAGGGCUUCAUCGAUUUUGAUAAGCUAGUCGAGCUGCCCUAUCUGAAUGCCUGCGUCCAGGAGUCGAUUCGUCUCUUUCCUCCCCUUGCCGCAUCCAACAAGCUGUGCACCGAGUCCCUAGAGCUGUCCAAUCGGAAUGGCCCCAGCUUCACUGUGGAGAAGGGCACCAUUGUCGUGGUGCCCCAUUCCUGCUAUAUGCUCGAUGAGGACUACUUUCCCAACGCCAAAGAGUUUCAGCCGGAUCGCUUCCUGGACCCCGACGCUGUCAAGACGUAUCGCGAUCGAGGCGUAUUCAUGGGCUUCGGCGAUGGCCCACGCAUCUGCAUAGGCAUGCGCUUUGCCCUCGCCCAGAUCAAGGCUGCACUUGUGGAGAUUGUCGUCAACUUUGAUGUCAGCGUCAAUGCAAGGACUCGCAAGGACAAUAUGUUCGAGCCAACGGGCUUGGUUACGAGGCUCAAGGGUGGCAUUUGGCUCGACUUCGCUGCGCGUUCCUGAACUCUCGGAAGUCACAUCACAAAGAGGCUUGCAGAGCUUUUGAAGCUUAUCAAUAUAUCACUUUUGCAUAACUUAGCUAUAUAUAAAUGUCUCUUUAAGCGAGUACUGACUGCCUAAUACUCUACUCAUGGCUGAGCGGCAGCUGCAGCAGUCUAAUCUCUGUGUACAGGGUAUACUUAAGGUCUGACAACAUUUGAACUCUUCAACUCAUGAUUUGAAUUGGGCCAAGUCUCACAUUUGAUUGAGCAUAAAUU